CUCCUCUUCUCCAACCAACCCCACCCUCGUUUUUCUAGGGUUUAUCGGCGAGACCUCGCGGCGGCGGCGGCGGCGAGAUGGUGCAGCGGCUCACCUACCGGAAGCGUCACAGCUACGCGACCAAGUCGAACCAGACCAGGGUCGUCAAGACCCCAGGCGGGAGGCUCGUGUACCAGUACACCAAGAAGAGGGCGAGCGGGCCGAAGUGCCCCGUGACCGGGAAGAAGAUCCAGGGGAUUCCCCAUUUGAGGCCUGCUGAGUACAAGAGGUCCAGGUUGUAUAGGAACCGCAGGACUGUGAACCGUCCUUAUGGUGGAGUGCUCUCUGGAACUGCAGUUAGGGAAAGGAUCAUCCGCGCUUUCUUGGUUGAGGAACAGAAGAUUGUCAAGAAGGUUCUGAAAAUACAGAAAACCAAGGACAAGACAGCUGCAAAGUAGAGCUCCUUCGAAAGGGUUACACAAUGCUGUUUUGUACACAGGGAAGAGUAUUUUUGAUGGCGGUUGAUGAAAGGGUCUAGUUGCCUCUUGUCGGAUGAUGUUUUAGCAUGUGAGAGAGACGUACCUUUUGAGUUUUAGGGCUUUCAAUCCUUUUAUCUUAUAAUUGUCGGAGUAUUGGGACAUCUGAUCCCCUCGUUCCUUAAUUAUGAAAUUCUGUAUCUUGGAACCAUCGGGUACUAGUUGAAUUCGCCUACAUGUUAGCGAUCUCUUCAUUUGACUUAUUUCACUUUCCUUAAUGAUUUGUGGGCACUUUGUGCCCCCCAUCUUUGUUGUUUA